AUGCGGACACCGCGACCAUCAAGAAGGCGUACAGGGCCCAGGCGCUAUCGGAAUCCUGACAACAAGGAAGUGGCGGAGAAGAAAUUUCAGGAGAUCGCUGCAGCCUAUGAGACGCUGUCCGACGAUGAGCAACGUAGAGUUUAUGAUCAGUAUGGUGAGGCUGGUGGUCCAAACAUGGGUGGCGGCGGCGGCGGCGGUGGCGCUGGUGGUUUCCGCAUGCCUACCAAUGCCUUCCAUUUGUUCGAAACAUUUUUUGGAUCGAGUGGUGGAGGCCCCAGGGUGGAGUUCAACAUGGAGGGAGGGGGAUUUCCAGGGGGAUUUCCUGGGGGAUUUGCUGGUGGAUUUCAGAAUAUGGGGGGUUUUGGCGGGACGGGCAGAGAGGGAGGGUUUGGCAAACAGGAGCGCCUGGGCGGAAUGUAUGACAUCCACCCGAAUGUCCAAAUGCUCUCACCUGGAAAUUUUGCUGACGAUAAGGGUUGGGUUCGGCUUGUCGAGUUCUAUGCACCCUGGUGUGGGCAUUGCAAGGAACUGCGCCCCAAAUGGGUCCAAGUUGCCGCAGCCCUCAAGGGCGUUGUCAAAGUGGGGGCAGUGGACUGCGAUGAACACAAGGAGCUGUGCAGCUCUCACAAGGUUAAAGGAUACCCAACCAUCAAGGCCUUUGUGCCGGUGGAAGGGGCAGACUCGAAAGUUGUGAUUUACAAAGGCCAGCGAACCAUGGCAGCCAUCAAGAACUGGGCGCUGUCUCUGAUCCCGAACAAAGUGGACAGGGUGAGCAAGCAGUCGGACCUGGAGGCUUUGCUUGGUCGCUGCAAGAGCGUCUCCCGGGGCAAGGGCAUGGCUGCCUGGAAAGUCUGCGUGUUGUUGGUCACUGACAAGGCAGAAACCAGUCCGCUGUACAAGAGUAUGUCGUCCCUGUACGAUGGGAAGAUCGCGUUUGGAGAGGUAAGGGGCGCGGUGGGGAAGCAGUUCUACACCACAGCCUCCCGCACCCUCCUUGCAGUCUGCAACGGCGACCUGAAGAGCCUGGAGGUGUUUGAAGGAAAGCUGCAGGCAGAGAGAAUAAAGUCUUGGCUUGACAAGUUUGUGGGUGGCAAGAAGUGCGAUCGCGCUGUGCAUGUGGAUGCCAGCACGGACUUGGGCAGCCUCACAACUGCACAGCUGAAGGAGUACCUUAGGGAGCAAGGGCUGGCAUGCAAGGGCUGUUUAGAAAAGUCUGAUUAUGUCAAGAGGGUCAGAGAGGCCAUCACCAGCACAACUUAG